UCCGAGGUCCAAAGGGCAGAGCCAAAAGGAAACAUUCCCCUUCCCAAUCCCUGUCGCCGUCUGGCGAGACCCUCGCUGGCUGCGCCCGCUCCCCUCAGGUCCCCGUGCAGAGCCCGCCCCGGCCCGGCUUUUGCGGGCUCUCGCGAGGUUUGAGGCCGUGGGGCCUGCCCGGGCGGCUGCAAUAUGGCGGAGGCGGAAGGGGAGAGCCUGGAGUCCUGGCUGAAUAAAGCCACCAAUCCUUCCAACCGGCAGGAGGACUGGGAAUACAUUAUUGGCUUCUGUGACCAGAUCAACAAAGAGCUUGAAGGGCCACAGAUCGCCGUCCGACUGCUGGCUCACAAGAUCCAGUCUCCGCAGGAAUGGGAGGCGGUCCAGGCCCUGACGGUGCUGGAGGCAUGUAUGAAGAACUGUGGGAGGAGAUUUCAUAAUGAAGUGGGAAAGUUCCGGUUUCUGAAUGAGUUAAUCAAAGUCGUCUCUCCAAAGUACCUGGGGGACAGGGUGUCUGAGAAAGUGAAGACCAAGAUUAUCGAGCUGCUCUAUAGCUGGACAGUGGCCCUGCCGGAAGAAUCAAAGAUCAAGGAUGCCUACCACAUGCUGAAGAGACAAGGCAUUGUGCAGACUGACCCAUCGGUUCCUGCCGACAGGACGCUGAUCCCCUCUCCACCAGCUCGUCCCAAAAACCCUGUUUUUGAUGAUGAAGAGAAAUCCAAGCUUUUAGCCAAGCUGUUGAAAAGCAAAAACCCAGAUGACCUGCAAGAGGCCAACAAACUCAUCAAGUCCAUGGUGAAGGAAGAUGAGGCGCGGAUCCAGAAGGUGACCAAGCGGCUGCACACGUUAGAGGAGGUUCACAACAAUGUGAAGCUGCUCCACGAGAUGCUGCUUCAUUACAGCAAGGAAGACUCUUCAGAGGCAGACAAAGAGCUCAUGAAGGAGCUGUUUGAUCGGUGUGAGAAUAAGAGGCGGACAUUAUUCAAACUAGCCAGUGAGACAGAGGACAAUGACAGUAGUUUGGGGGACAUCCUGCAGGCCAGUGACAACCUCUCCCGGGUCAUCAACUCUUAUAAAACAAUUGUCGAAGGGCAGAUCAUCAAUGGUGAGGUGGCCACGUCAGCUGUGCAUGACCCUGAAGGAAACCACCUCUCCAGCAGCCAAGGCACACUCAUCGACCUUGCUGAACUGGACACACCAAGCCGCUCGCCCCCGGUGCUGGCCCCACCCUCAUCGGGCAUCCCUGUCCUCCCCCCACCCCCCCAGAGCUCAGGACCCGCGCGCAGCCCCUCAGCCAGUGAGGCCGAGGCCACCCCGGGGCCCAGCAGCACCAACCACGUGCUCUCCCUGUUGGACGAGGAGCUGCUCUGCUUGGGCCUGAGUGACCCAGCCCCCUGUGGCCCUCCCAAAGAGACAGCUGGAAAUAGCCAGUGGCACCUGUUCCAGAACGAACAGUCAGGCCUGGACCUCUUCAGUCCCAAACUGAGUCCUGCAACCUGCGUCUCCGUUGACAGCCCUCUCCUCCGACCCUCAGCUCCACCCUCAAGCACCUCCCAGGCUCCGCCACCAAAUCUGUUCCCAGCUCCUGCUCCCAGCACUGGCUCCUUCUUGUUCUCCACUGGACUGACCCCACCUUCGGCCACAAAGGCUGAGCCUGCAGUCCCUGGGCACCACGGUUCAGCUCUGGGAGACAGUGCCCCACACCAGCUGGAUGUACUUGAUCAGCUUCUGGAAGAGGCCAAAGUGACCUCAGGCUUGGUGAAACCAGUCUCCUCCAGCUUCUUUCCAGGGGCUGCCACCUCCCCUCUGAUCCCCAUUACCACCUCAGCUAGGCCUCUCCUCCCCUUCUCCGCUGGGCCUGGCAGCCCUCCCUUCCAGCCACCUGUCUUUCCAGCCCAGAGCAGCCCCGUGAAGGGGCCCGAGCCCUCCCUGGCCAGUGUUCACGUCCCCCUGGAAUCUAUCAAGCCUAGCAGCGCCCUUCCCGUGACAGCCUAUGAUAAAAAUGGCUUCCGCGUCCUUUUCCACUUUGCCAAGGAGUGUCCGCCUGGACGGCCCGACGUGCUGGUUGUGGUGGUGUCCAUGCUGAACACGGCCCCACUGCCCGUCAGGAGCAUUGUGCUACAGGCUGCAGUGCCCAAGUCCAUGAAAGUGAAGUUGCAGCCACCCUCUGGGACAGAACUCUCUCCAUUUAGCCCCAUCCAGCCACCUGCUGCCAUCACCCAGGUCAUGCUGCUGGCCAAUCCACUGAAGGAGAAGGUGAGGCUCCGGUACAGACUGUCCUUCGCCCUGGGGGAGCAGUUGAGCACGGAGGUGGGUGAAGUGGACCAGUUCCCGCCUGUGGAGCAGUGGGGGAGCCUAUGACCCCGCACGACGCUGUGAGCUGCACUUUGACGCCCAGGCAGGCUGCCUCAGAGGGGCUGGGUGGGGGCUCUGGGCCCAGCUGGUCUCCACUUCCUGACUACUGCUCUUGUAGCUUUGAUGUGGAACAGGGGCCUUGGACAUUCUGCUGCUGUGAUGAUCUCCUUCUUUGGCCCCCUAAAAGGACAUUCCUAUUUACCUGUGUGACUUGAAGUGGCCAUGUACCAUCAGGGGUGGGGAAGUGGUCCCUGACAUUGCCCUACUUUCCUGGGAAUGUGGGCCUGAGGCUUUGAAUAGGUUUUUCCUCCUUUUUACUGUAUUUCCAAUGCUGUGAGGGGGGUGGGCUCGCUCUAGAAGUAAUAGGACCCAAACCCCCUCAGUGGUCCUCACACUCCUGCUGAGGCUGGCUUGUGAGGCCUCGGCCCCCAAUGCAAUUCUGUGCUUCCUGGGUCUACAGCUGGGCCUCCCUGCUGGCGGGUUCCUGCUGCCACCCCCAGAGAGGUGGGCAGAGUCCAGUGGUCCAGGAAGGGCCCUGACCAGCACGGAGUCAGUGUGCUGUGGAAUCUGCUGUCCUGCUCUCCCUGGGCUGUUACCCUAGAAUGAACACUGAAGGAACAGCCUGGAAUGGUAAAUGUGUUUGUCCCUGGCGGUGGCAGCCUUUGUCCUAUGGACAUCUCAGCAGGACAUGGAGCUUUCUGAGAAACAUGUGCAUCUUGUCCCCCCAUCCUGCCAGGGAACAGGACAGCCCCCUGCCCCCCUUACUCACUACCUCUUGCUUGGCAUGAACUAAACUGCUGUCCUGCCCCUGGGUCUCUGAAGGGGCCAUCUGCAUCUUCCUGCUUGGCCUCCAUGUUCCACUUGGCAUCGGAGGCUGCAGGGCCAGGCCCAUUGCACUAGACCAUGUCCUUAUGUCUCAAAAAUUGCCCCCCAAACCCCAGCUACUCCCUAACUGCUAAGGGGCACUGUCAGUGAGAUGCUGGGUCAGAAAGUGGUGAGAUUGGAGCCAUGCUUGAAGCAAGUUGCCAGACCCUGCUGCCUCGACAGUGCCCAGCCCCAGCUAGCUUGCUCCAGUUGGUAGAUGCAGUCCUGAGCCUAGCAAACCAGAAGCAAACAGAACCCCCAGCUAGGGUGGAGGCUGCAGGAGAGUACACAGCCUGUCUGAGCUCAGCUGGCUCAGAGCUGCUGGACAUCCCUGGGAAAAGCUGACGUGAGCCAUAUCCUCUGAGUCCUUAUCCUGUAUCAAGAAGUCAUUUUCCCUUUUCCUUCCCUGUCUUCAGCAAGCAGGUUUCACUGCUUCAUUAGAAAAGGUCAACAGUGAAUUGGUUUCACUACUUAAGGAAUAAAUCCAAGAGCUUUCCAGAGACAGGCUGCCACCCUGGAAAGACCAAUAGAGUUACUAUGUGGAAACUAACUUUAUAAUAAUAAGCUUUAGACAUUAAAAUUAUUUGUGUUACUUGUUACUCCUGAGGUCACUGCUUUACAGCAGACAGCUAUACUGGAUAUACCAAGUCUGCUGCCCUUGCUCUGCUGCAUGUUAAAUAAAACCAUUUCCCCCUA